AGUGAAUAAACGUGUCAGAGAGUUUUCUUCUUUUGAACAUAUUUCAAAGUGAAUAAACGACAAGUUACGGUUAGAUGUAAAUAUCCAACAAAUUACCCGAUUUGUUUCUAACAUUUUUGCUGUAGUCUAAUAAUGUAAAAUGUCUUUCUACAACAAUCGCUACUAUUAUCUCAAUAAAACAUUCCUAUCCAUUAUCGGCCAAUGGCCAUUUCAAUCGCGACUGGAGGGUAACGUGCUGCUCGCCAUUACAAUAUUGUUCAUUUGCAGUUUGACAACUUUAGAGUUAUUGGGCCUGAUAGCCGGAAUAACGAAUUUGAACAUUGUCAUGGAGAACUCAUCGCCGUUAUUCAUCAACAGCCUUAUCUUCGUAAAGCUAAUCAACUCUCUCUGUAAUAAGCAUAAAAUGAAGGAUCUUCUGGAGAAUAUCGAAGAGACUUGGAAGAUGACACCAAUCGGACCAGAAAGUAAAAUAUUACGGAAUUAUGCGGAGCAAAACAGAAUAUUUACGAUACAAUAUGCAGCUGCUCUUUUAUCUUCGGCAAUCUUUUAUUCCACGAUGCCGAUCGUCGUAAAUGGAAUAUACUCGUUUUUACCAACGAAUGAAAACUACACGGCCAGAUUUUUAUAUCGCUUGGAACAUGUUCUCGACGUGGACAAGUAUUUCAAUCUCCUGAUGCUUCAUGGGAUUAUUAGUAUAUUUUAUAUAGCGUACAAGAUAAAUCGUAUACGAAGCUCCGAUUUUGUGAUACUCAAGCCAAAUAUAGAGGAUGAUGAAGCAUAUCAUGUCAUAAUUGAUUGCAUAAAAUCGUAUAAACAUGCCUUAAAAUUUUCAGAUCUGCUCUCAUCCGUUUACGCAACAUCUUUUUUCUUUUUAUUAGGAAUUGCAAUCUUAAGCUUAAGCUUCAAUGCGGCUGAGUUGAUAAUGGUGAAUAAUCAGUUGGAUGAAACUAUCAGAAUUGUUUCUGCUAUUAUGGGACUAUUGACGCAUAUAUUUUACUUGAGUUUGACGUCUCAACGAUUGAUUGAUCACAGCAGCGAACUACAAGAAACAAUUUAUAGCUGUGAGUGGUAUAAAAUUUCAUUAAGAUCCAGACAACUGUUGAGAUUCACGUUAAUGCGAGCUAUUAAACCAUGUGAAAUAAAAGCUGAGAUGUAUGUAAUGUCAUUGGAAAACUUUAGUUCGUUAUGGGGACUAAUAGCCGGAAUAACAGAUUUAAGCAUCAUCAUGGAGAAUGUAUCGCCGUUACUCGUGAACAGCAGCGUUGUUAUAAAGCUAAUCAACUUUUUGUAUAAUAAGUACAAAGUGCAGAUGAAAGAUCUACUUGAACACAUCAAAGAAACUUGGAAGAUGAUGAAACCUGAAACAGAAAGAAAAAUACUAGAAAGUUAUGCGGAAAGAACCAGAACGUUGACAAUACAAUAUGCAAUUGGAAUUUAUUCAAUGGGUAUGUCUUACGCUACGAUGCCAUUUGUCAUCAAAGGAAUAUAUUUGCUUUUACCUUCAAACGAAACCAAUCAAGUCAGAUUUCUAUAUCGUUUAGAACACGUCAUCGACGUGAACAAAUAUUUUAACCUUCUGAUGUUUCAUGGA